CAAGCUAUUUAAUUAAUUCACCUUGGAAUAAUCCCAGAACAAUGUUAGAUCUCGGUGAAAGAAAAACCAAGCACUAAUCAAAAUAACAAAUAUAUAAGUGUUAAAUUAAAUAGAGAUCAAACGACGCGAAUAUACUAGGCUCUAGGUCUCAACAUGACGAGUAAUUUUAGUGGUGCCCUUCAGUUAACUGACUUGGAUGAUUUUAUUACACCUUCGCAGGUAGACCUUAGUCCUGGAUAUCUAGGCACCGAUAGUAAUCGGAUAGUAUUAGUAAUUUUAGUAUUGUUUAAAAUUAACGCUUCAGUAUUCCCGGACAUUUCCGGCUCUGGGCAAUCCUCCGAAGUCCGGUCCCUAUUUAGUAUUUAUUUGGUAUGAAAAAAAUUGCAAUGCACAGUGUGUAUUGUUAGAAAACAGCAGAAAUGUCAGUCAUAGCUUUUGCAAAUAACUGUCACUUUACAAACCAGUCAGUAAAUACUAAAACUAAAUGUUGACGUUAUCAUUGGCCAUUGGCACAUGUCACAUAGCAUUUGCAAAUAGCAGCUGAAAACGUUCUGACUGGUGACUGUUGCGCCACUUAAAGGCCCCCAAGUAGCUGGCGGGCAGAUUGGAACUAGCAGGCCUACCACUCUGAUAGCGGAGUUUACGUUUUGCUUGCAUCCAAAGUCCUUCAAUAUUUUCUGUGUGAAUGUCCUGGUCUACUGGAUGAACAAAUUCACGCGCAUGCACAAUGACAGUAUGAGCAUAAAUCCUGUUGUUGAGCUGACCGACAUUUUGAUAUCCUUGCCAAGCAUCUGUGACGAUAGUUGUCCCUUGUAACACAUGAUUAGUAAUAAUGCGCUCGGGGGUUUGUGCAUCUCGACGGCCGACAACCUCCAUCCAACAUGGUCCACUAACGCAAACAUGAAUUUCAAAACAGAAUGAUGCCCAAGACUUUUAAGUAAGGAUUAAUCAUUGGAAAUAAUUUGGGACCGGACUUCGGAGGAUUGCCUGGCUCUGUCACCACGAUUCUGAGUCAACCCUGUCUGGCCUCUGAAUCAUCAAUGCUUUAACUCUAAGUCUAAAUAAUAAUUAUUAGAAUUUAACAAUUCUAUUCCAUGCCAUAACAUAGCCCAAGAAUAAAGAGCUUGAACAGAACUUAUUUUAAAAUUUGAUGUUUGGGGAACCAGGACAGAAGAGAGAGGAAAAAAAAAAAUGAGGACUGAUCGGACUGACUCUUUCAACUUUGUUGAGUCACUGUGAGCGUCUGCCUGUGUUUCUAUUUCUAUAAUACUCUUCUAUGAGUUAUAGGUAAAUUAAGUUUCAAGAAAAACUGACAUUGUGGUCCGUGGUCAGUAUCUGGCUAGCUGAUCAAUAGCAUUAUCAUUAUUACUAUUAGUCAGAAUCAGAGAUGUAAGUGAAAGUGUAGUAAGUGUAUUUAGGUGUUUCAAUAAUAUUAUGAAAUUAUGGGUAUUAAUACUUACUUCUUAGCCUUUCUCACUUCCAUUUGAAUUAUAGGCCAUCCACAAUACUUUUCCAUCUAUCCCUAUCCUGAGCUUUCUUUGCUAGUUCAGCCCAACUUUUCUUCAUUCUGUUCACUUCUGCCUCUAAUCCUUUUUCCAUGUCGCUCUUGGUCUUCAUCUUUUCCUCAUACUCAUACGGUACCUUAAGGAUUCCAAUUCAGGGCCUGUCUUGCUAUGUUAGUGUUUGGUUUCCUUAUUGUGUGCCCUAUCCAUCUCCAUUUUCUCUUUUGUAUUUCCAUUUCCAAUGGAACACUUGAUGUUCUCUCCCAAAGUGGGACAGUGUUACAAAUUUUUGUCAAAACAUCUUAUUUUGAGGAUUUUGUCUGUUUAUAAAAACCUGCAGUUUUUUAAUGUUUGUUUUUGUUGUUCUCCAAGUUUCACAGCCAUAGAAGUGCCUUGAGAUUUGAAUUGAAUAUUUAUAACUUUUUUUGUCAGUGUUUCCCUUGAGUUCCAGAUGUUUUGCAGGGCAUUGUUGCUCCUUUUGGACACUAGGCUUUAUGUCCUCAACUGUCCCCACAUUUUAAUUUAUGAUGUUUCCAGGUACCGGGUAUGUAAAAGUUUCAAUUUCUUCAAGAGAUGCUCCUCUCAAGUUAAUCCCUAUGCCUAUGCCCCCAUUAUCCACUGCAUUUUUUCUUAAGACUUAAGAUCUUGGUUUUCUCUAUAAUAUAUUAAAAUAUAAGUCCAACUUACUGGGAUACAGAGUCAAGUUUUGUUGUUUUUCUCCUGCAUUUGUUUAUGGUUAUGUGAUAAAAGUGCUAUGUCAUAGGACCCAGAAUGAUCAAUAGAUUGAUCGUGGGCCCUCAAAAUAUGAAGAAGAAUAAGAUCUGCAAAAUACAAAUCCUCCAACUGUCUGAUAGUUGUCCACUGGAUUCCAUUUUUCUCAUCCUGUGUUGUUACUCUCAUGAUCCAGUCAAUGGAUAAAAGGAAGAGGAAUGUUGAGAGCAGACAUCCCUGUCAAACUCCAGAUACUAUCAUAAAUGGGUUUGUGAGUUCACCUUCAUGUAAAACCCUGCAAUUCUUAUCUGUGUAUGUGUUCUGUAUUGAGCUAGUAAGCUUUUGAGGGAUACCAUUAAUUUCUUAGUACUUUCCAGAGUGAUUUGAUGUACCUAGUCUUAGUAAAUUAUUUCUAUAUAUACAUACUCAACAUACUUAUUCAAACUCAUAGACACUAUGGCUACUGGCAGUACUGGGUAACCAGCUGGGCAUAAUAAGUUGGAUUGUAUUUUUAAAACAGUACAACUUGAGUUUUUACUGAUUAGAAAAAAAUAUCAAACGUUUGUGGGGUGUAAAAAAAUAUAUAUUUUUUGAUACCGGGGUACUGUCUCCCUUGAGCUAAUAAAGGACGAUUAAAAAGUCACUGUCAAGUCAUGAUUUUGUGAUGAGAGAAAAGAAAGUCAUCACUUAUCACUUUCUUUCAACUGCACAAAACACAUAUUAAAAAAAAAUCCCAAAAGACCCAAAAUAUUUUGUUUUGAUAAGCAAUCAUCUCCAAUGUUUUGUUUCAGGAGUGUAUUAAGCCUGUAAAGAUUGAAAGAAAGUCUGGGAAAGUUGGAAAAAUUCGUAUUGAAGACGAUGGCAGCUAUACAGAAAUAUCUCAGGUGAUAAUUUUGUAAAAGUCUUUUAAACUAAAAAAGGCUAGAAAAUGUCUUAGCAUUUGUCACAAAAUUAAUACAUUAUUCACUCUACCAAUAUCUACUCUUUUUUAAAACUUUGAUAGGGUUGCCAAAAAAUAGUGGACAAACGGGGGUGGGGGUUUAAGUAGUAAAAAAAUAACCUAAUAUUACUUACAUGGUGAUUUAAUAAGAGCACAGCAAAAUAGUAUUUACAUAAAAACAAUGAUUAACUUUUAUGUUUAUAAUGCUGCAACAAAAUCUUUGCUUUGACAAAUUUACGCUCUACAUAUUGAGGCUAGUACUCAUUGAACCUCAAAUGAUGAUAUGUUAUUGAGUGUUCCAAGUUUCAAAUUCCAAAACAUGCCUAUCCAACUAAGAAAAAAGUAUAAUAUAAAAAUAAUAGGUAAAUGCGAGUUAAGAAAAAUAGUAUGUAAAUAAUUUUAUCUACUUUUAUUAAAUGUCUUGUGAAACAAUUGAGUAUCAUAGUAUGAUUAAUAAUUUAUUUUUUUUUUUAAUCGAGCUCAAUGGUUAGUAAAUCUUUGUCUCAUUCUAACUAUUAAAAAAAACAAACAUGCUAUUCUCCUAUCCUUAUUCUCUAAGACUGUACAGCCUUUGAUUACGUACCAUUUCGUCAUAAAACUUUUGAAUUAAAAAAAUGUCCACUAUUUUGUGAAAAAAAAUAGAAAAAUAGAAAUAGAAAAAAAAUAGAACAUAUUGUGAAAACGCGGACUGUCCGCUCAAAUAGUGGACACCUGGCAACCUUAAACUUUGCCUAUGAGCUUUAUACUUUAAAAAUUUUUACUUAAAAAAAUGAUUAAACUGAAGAUUAUCAUUUGACAUUUUUUCCAUUGCAUAUCCAAUGAUUUUUGUUACCAGUACCAGUAUUUAAAACUUAUUUUAAAAACGAGCAAUUCAAUAAUAAACUACUGACGUGUUUAUUUUAUCAGGAAGGUGUAGAAACUCGUUUGGAGAAGGCAAAGAUAACUCUGAAUGACUGCCUGGCUUGCAGUGGGUGCAUUACUUCUGCAGAAAGUGUUUUAAUCACUCAACAAAGUCAAGAGGAACUGUACAGGGUACUUGGUGAAAAUUCAACAUACAGAGAGGUGUGUUCUCCUCAUUUCAAACUCAGUAGUAACAUCAUUAUCAUCUUUUACCUUUGAGGAAUACUAUUUCUAAACUGAACCUUCAAUUUCCAGUCAUGUGAUUAUCUAUCUCCAAUUAGAUGAAAAAAUUUAUUGAAGACAAAUGGGAGAGGGGGGUAGGAUUAAGACCCAGAACCUGCCUUGAAGACAUGAUUUACCACGAUGCCCACCAGAUGAGGCCAGCCGCCACAAUAUUAGCCAGGGCUAUAAGAGAUUAAUCUCAGCCCAAAAAGAGGAUAUAACAUUGAAGACAAAUCAUUUUGCUCUUGAAUAUUCUCUCUUAAGACUUUCAUAUAUUUUUGUUUAGAUGGAACAGAUAAAUAACUAUUACCGGAUUUAACUUGUUUGAACACUUGUUUUACAGGUUGAUGAAAAAGAUAAGGAAAAGCUUGUGGUUGUUUCUAUUUCACCACAAGCCCAGGCAUCUCUAGCUGCCAAAUAUAAGUUAUCUGCAGAUGCAGCUGCCAAAAAAUUGACUUCUUUUUUUAAGCGUCUGGGUGAGUGCUUUUUGUUUUUUCUUCUUUACUGGCUUUUAACUUAAUCCACUCCUGACUGAAGUGCUGAUGAGUUCCCACUGAAUUUCCAAAAUGUUGCUGCAUACAGCCUAUUUUGUAUUUGCUAGUUCAGAGCAGCAAGCAAGCUCAUUCCCAUAUAAGCUGAGAAGAUGAAAAUGGUUCCAUAUACCGAUGUAGACGGUAUUGAAGUUGAUGCAGACAAUAAUAAUGAUGAUCUCUUGGGUGGAGAUAACUCUAAUUCAGACUUAAAAAUUCAAACUAGUACAUUGGGAAUCGAUGUCAAUGGUGGUGGGAUGGCUGCUGUAAUGGCCAUGAAUUUGGGAUAAUGUACCAAUGUUUAAAUUUAGAUAUUAUAAUUUGAAGUAUACAAAUUUCUUUUGAUUCUGUUUUUGUGAUUAUUCACUUUCAUUAAUUUUUUAUGCCUUGUAAAAAAAUUAAACAACACUAGAUUUUCAAUUUUUAUAUGUUAUUUCUUUUUACUAAAUUAAAUACACAUGUUAGGAAUAGGAGUUAUGGCCCAUUAGGCAGAUGUGUUGGUUUAAAUCAAAAGUAAGUUGGGCAGAAAUGGUUAAAAGUACAGAAUCAUAUUGGCAUAAAAUGUACAUCUUAAUCCAUCUAAAAAAAAAAUUAAAAAUUGUUGUAAAAAUAGCAAUAAUCAUUGUUUGUUUAUUGUCUUAUUUUUUAUAGGUGUGCAUCAUGUUUUCGAUACCUCAUUUGCCCGUAAUUUUAGUCUUAUUGAGAGUUGUCAUGAGUUUAUUCGUCGAUACAAUGCAUCAGAAACAGAGAAGUCCUCUCUUCCAAUGCUUAGUUCGGCAUGCCCAGGUUUGAUUCAAGUUAAAUAGUUUGUAAGGAUUUAUAUAAUUUUCGAUAGCUUUUAAUAACUUUUAAACAUUUUUAAAAAUUUACCCUAGUUAUUUUGUCUGUAUUUGAGUAUUUGAUCCUUCUCAAUUAUUUAAUAUUUUAAUCAUUUCAUUUCUUUCACUACCAGGUUGGAUUUGCUAUGCAGAAAAAACCCAUGGCUCCUAUAUUCUCCCUUACAUAAGCUCCACCAAAUCUCCUCAACAAAUAAUGGGUUCAUUGGUGAAAGAUUAUCUUGGUAAAAAGCUAAACAAAACUCCUGACUCUAUCUACCAUGUAACUGUGAUGCCCUGUUUUGACAAGAAACUCGAAGCAUCAAGAGCAGAUUUCUUUCAAGAAGUCUAUCAGACAAGAGAUGUGGAUUGUGUCAUUACAUCUGGUAUGAUUUUAGAAAAUCAAGUAUUUUCUUAACAGUACUUUCCAGUACUUUCAAUAUGUAAAAAAAAAAUUAUUUUGUUCUGAAUUUAUCUUUAUCAAGAUAACAUUUUUUUGUUUAUCAAUCCUUUUUACAGCUUUGAUUAAUUAUUUCUCAUAAACUGCAUAGGGUUUUCCAUCAUUAUUUGCUACAUACCAGUACUGAGGCAGCUCAGACAUUCGUUAUUUAGUUUUGGGUAUCCUCUUUAUGUUCACUAACUGUGUUUUUUCUGUAGGGAUUCUACUUUCUCAAGUUGCUUAUAAUCCUGUCUCAUAGAAUACUGAUUUUGAAAGGCGGGGAAUGUCAUCCACUUUUCCGAAAUAUGCAAAUUAUAUUUUUCUUCACCAAUCCGUAUUUCAACCCAAGAACUGUGUGUUAUUUUUCUAUACUGUGCGGGCAAUUUACAGCUUUUUGGGUGCCUUUGAAAAAGGUGAUUUUUUUUACAUGCAAAUACUAUAGCUAGACCCCAUAAAGCAUAUAUUUAUUGAAAUUAUUGAGUGGGGAAUCAUAAUUGCUAUUUUGUUAAUGCUAUUUUAUACUCUGUGACCUUUUCCUUGACCUUGGAGUGGCCAAGAAUAAAGAAAAUAAUGAAAAGUUUUAUUUGCAAGUACCCCAAACUACAAUUUUUAAAAGGCAUAUUAUAAUGUUUAUAUACCGUAAUAUGAUAGCAAUUUUAUUUAUCUUUCAGAAAAUGUAUUAUUUGAAGGCCUGUAUGUUUUAAGCAUUAAUAGAUGAUACCUAAUUAUUACAUUCAAGUAACCAAGCAGGACAUAAACAAUAUAAACAUUACUAAAUAGCAAGAAAUAGAUAAAAUUUAAAAAGCUGCUAGGUAUAUAAAUAUUUAAUCCAUAAAAUGAAAUAUAAGAAAACAUAUAUAGAGGAAUAUCCAAUUAUUUUUUGUGGGUACAAAAUCAUCUGCAACAUAGUUUUGAACCAGUCUUGUUGUUGCGGCAAGCCUACUCGUUCUAGGCCUAGGUCUAAAUUGUCUGAACUUUUGUUUUCUGACCCACUAGAAAAAUAUUCGGAAUUAUCAUUGGCUUUGUGUGGGGUCGGAAAAUCACCUUCUGAAUCACUUAAUUCAUUAAAAAAGAAUUAUCAAAAAGAUUCCUAACUGAUUUAUUUUGUACGUCAAAUAGUCCAGCUAUGGCCUCAUCCAUUUUGCGAAAAUCUACUUACACAAAUUUGCUUGAUAAAGAUCAUUGUAAAAAAUAACUCCAAAGUUUAAAAAAAGGACACAGAAGAGAGAAAAACAGAAGUUUAUUUAUUAUUAAAAGUAAGUAGUGUUAUUUAGUGUAAAAUAUUAGACUGGAAGUUGUUCUUGCAAGUAAUUUUUAUCUACCGAUUCUUUUAACCGACACAGUACAGGAAGAGGAAAUCGGCCGAACACAGUUCGUGGGUUAAUUUUAAAAAUCCUAAAAACUAGUUUUUAACUGAAGAAAUCUUUUCAUUGAGUGUUGAAUAAUGCAUUUCCCUUUUUGCAUUGUAAGAUUACACAAAAGGGUGUUAUAAAAAAAAUUAUUUGAAUUCUCAAGAAGAAACCAUAACAGUUUUGGAUGGGAUUUAUUUUAUUGCAGGUGAAGUUGAAAAGAUGCUAGAAAAAGAAGGUAUCUCUUUGGCAGAUGUUGAUGAAGUCAAUGUGGAAUCAAUGUAAGGAAAUUAAUAAAUUAUAUUUAAUCUUGUUAGCAGGUUCUACAUUUGUCAGGCUUUUCCCAUCCAAAACUAAGGGGCUCUGCUUAUGAAUGAACAACUUGGCUUAAGAACAAGCAUGUAUAUUUAAACAAAUUUCCUAUUGGCAGUACCAUUUUAUUUUUAUCUAUAAUAAACUAAUUCCAAGUAAGAUAUCCAAAAAAUUCAAAGAUUACCAAUUAUCUUUGAGUUCAUUACCCUAACAAGAUUAAUAGUUAGUAGAUUUUAAAUUAAUUUUGAAGUUCAGGAUAACAUUGUAAUCUUAACAGUAGAGACCGACUGAAUUUUGGUUUCGGCGCCGAAGGCUGCCAUUUUAUCAAUUUUCGGCCAAGUUUUGGUUUCGGGCAAAACUGAAAAGUUAACUUUCAGCUUAAUUUCGGUUUCGGCCGAAAGAGAAAAGUUAACUUCCUUUUUUUUUUGGUUUCGGCCAAAAUUGAUUUAGACUUUCGGCCAUCCGGCGGAAAGUGACUGAGGUUUUCGGUCAUCUCAGCGAAAGCGAUAUUUAAAAACAAACUAAGGGACAUUUAAAAACAAAAUAAACGAUCUUUAAGAAAAAAUUAAGCGAUCUUUAAGAACAAACCAAAAGAUCUUUAAAAACAAAUAAAGGGAGCUUUAAAAGCAAAUAAUGUGAUCUUUAAGAACAAAUUAAGCAAUCUUUGAGAACAAACUAAACGAUAUUCAACAACAAACUAAGCGACAUUUAGGAAUAGUUCGUUCUUAAAUGUUGCUUAGUUUGUUGUUGAAUAUCAAAACAAUCUAAGCGAUCUUUAAUAACAAACUAAACGAUCUUAAAGAAAAAACUAAACGAUUUUUAAGAACGAACUAAAUGAUCUUUAAGAACAAAACAAAUGAUCUCUAAUAGUAAACUAAAUGAUUUAUAAGAAUAAACUAAGCGAUCUUUAACAGAAAACUAAAUGUUCUUUAUGAAGAAACUGAACGAUUUUUAAGAACAAACUAAUCCAUCUUAAGGAACAAAAUCAAUUAUCUUUAAGAACAAACUAAGCGAUCUUUAUGAAAAAACUAAGCGAUCUUCAACAACAAAAUAAGAAAUCUUUAAGAACAAACUAAAAGAUUUUUAAUAACAAGCUAAAAGAUCUAUAAAAACAAACUAAAUGAUCAUUAAGAACAAACUGAAUGAUGUUUAAGAACAACUAAGGGAAAUUUAAGAACAAACUAAGCGAUCUUUAUGAUCAAACUAAACAAUCUUUUAAUAACACAAACUAAGCGAUCUUUACAAAAAACUUAGCGAUAUUUUUUUAUCAAACUAAAUGAUCUUUAAGAACAAACUAAAAGAUCUUUAAACAAAAACUAAGCCAUCUUUAAGAACAAACUAAGCGAUCUUUAAGAACAAAUUAAACGAUUUUUAAAAACAAACUAAGCCAUCUUUGAAGACAUCUGAAAGAAAAGAUGGAGAUGGAUUGGACAUUCUCUCCGAAAAAAUCCCGAUAGCAUCACCAGACAAUUCCGAACAUGGAAUCCUCAGGUAAAAGAAAGAGAGGAAGGCCAAAGAAUACAAGGAGACGCGAGCUAGAGGCAGACAUGCAAAAUAUGGGAUACACCUUGAAACAACUGGAAAGGAAAGCACAGGACCGUGAUGAAUGGAGAAUUCUUGUGGAUGGCCUAUGCCCCAGACUGGGUAAAAAGGCAUUAGAAGAAGAUUUCGAAAGUGACCAAACUGACAGGCUCGGAAUUUCCCUCACUCGUAAACACCAGCGGCAAUUUUAAUAUGGAUCCUUUGAUAAUGUAUCAGAUUUCUACGAUUUACACAAUUAUGGUUGUGCAUUACCUGCUAACUUACUUUUAAAACUUUUCUCAAAGUCGCACUCGUUCCAUGUUUGUCUCAUAAAAAGCUAUAAAAUAAAAAAUGUUAUUACAAUUUUACAACGGUUCUUACCAUUAUAAUCAUCAUACAAAAAUGUAUAGUAAAAUUUAAAAGAAUUAGAAUUAGACUAGUUGGUGAGAUUCGACUGAAACCGUCGCGGAGAGUCACGUUACAGUUACGAGAAUGGGGGAAACCCGCCAGCGCAUUAGCAUUAAACUUUUCUGUCAUACAGCGGGAUGCAAAAUAUCGUCUUGCGGGUCAAAAAUGAAGACAAAAUAUGUAUCUUUUAAGACCUCCCCUAAGGUUUGCACUAGCUUUGGGUUCAGAAACAUUUAAAACACUACAGAGUCAGAGAAAUUAAUUAUUUUUUUUAACCCUAAUGGGAUAUUGCUGCAUUUUUUUAUUUUCAUCUUAUUGUGUCAAAAGUGGUGAACCAGUUAAAAGUUACAUCAAUCCACUAGUAUUACUGCCAUAAUAGCAUGACACUACUUGGCCUUAAAAUUUUUUAAUUUACCGUUAGUGUUAAUGGAUCAAAUGAUGACCCGCUGUGCAGUCAUCGAGGAGGUGGAUCAGGUGGCUACUUAGAGCAUGUUGCCAGGUUUGCUGCUGCCACAAUUCUUGAAACACAAGUGGAGAAUCUGUCUUAUAAAGUUUUAAGGUAUGUCUUGAGACCAGUACCGAUAUACCAUUUUUUGAAGUUACUGGCACCAGUCAUGAUUUUUUCCUUUCAUACCAUGCCCUACUGGAAUGGUUUCAUGACUAUUGAGGAUAUAUCUGUCAAGUUUUCAUUUAUAGCAAUACUGCAGUCAAAAGAUAAUUAUGAAAAGCAUUUAAUUUACUUAAAUUAUACAUUAUUUUAAACCAUUGGGAUCAUUGAAUUUGGUCAUUUUUUAAAAUUAAUAGAAAGUUUGAAUUUUCUGUCUUGAUAUUAUUUUAAGAAAUUUAAUUUAUACUUUAAUUUCCCUCACAGAAAUCAAGACUUUCAAGAGGUAACCAUCGAAACUGAAGGCAAACCUCCCUUAAGGUUUGCAUUAGCUUAUGGUUUUAGAAAUAUUCAAAACAUUGUUCAGAGAAUAAAGCGUGGCAAGUGCAGUUAUCAUUAUGUAGAGAUCAUGGCCUGCCCUUCAGCUUGCAACAACGGUGGUGGUCAAAUCCGAGCAACUGGAGAGGAAAGUCAAAAAGAAAGGCUGCAAGCAGUUGAAGAAAUUUACAGAAGCGUGAAUACAGUUGACCCAUUCCAGCACCAGCAGAUAGAAACUAUGUAUGAAAACUGGUUGGGUGGCAAGGGCUCUGCCAAAGCUCUACAAAUGCUUCACACAAAAUAUCAUGAGAUAGAAAAAUCUACAAAUGCCCUAAACAUAAAGUGGUAAUGCUGGUGCUGAUGUUUUAUGUUUUUAGGAAAAGGGGGAACGGCAAGAUAUUUUUGUAACAAUUUUAAAUAUUAUAAAGGUAUGUAAUAUAAUUUGUAAGAACUUCCAUAGACACUACUGCACUUCCAGUUAUUUAAUCCGGCUGUGAUUGUGAAUAUUUGUUAACCUAAAAAAUGUUAUGUAAUUAGUAACAGUAGCAUUAUUAUUGGGAUUAAUAUCCCCCUCUCCUCCCAAGUAAAUUAAUAAAAUUUGGCAUCUUCUAUGUCAUUCAAUUAAUUUUACACUUUUGUUAUGGACAUUUAUUGAUUAAUGUCAUUUCAAGUAAACAGACCUGUUUACCCCGAAACUCUUAAAAUCGUACAAUAUCACCACAAAAUCGUUCAACACAUUAUCUUAAUAGUAAAAAAAAAACACAGUGCAUACACCUCAAAAUCGUACAUUGUACGCCAAAAUCGUAAGAGUAAACAGGUCUGAGUAAAGAAACAUUAAAACAUACUUUUGAUAUUUCACAAAGGACUUGUUUCUAGAUAUUAAGUUUGACACAUAAUUUUCUUUAUCUGAAUAUGAAAUACUUUGUAAAAAAAAUCACUCUUCUAAUGGAAUGUAAUAUUUUAUUGAUGAUAAUUUAUAAAAUUUACAGUACAUGUACAGUUACAAUACUUUUGAUUGAACAAAAUGAAUGUGACAGUUUGAUUUAAAUAAAAUUUUGCCAUGUACUUGUAUGGGAAUUGUUACAUUUUGUCAAUAAAAACUUUAGAAAUGAUCUCAUCUUUUUUGUACAGUACCCGGUACUUGGUUAAAUUUUUUCUUACAAGUAACUUUUUUAUAAAAUGUUUGGUAUCUUAAAUUUCCAGUUUUAAUAUUUUUAUUUAUCCCACAAGAAUCAUUAAACUUUAUAUUGUUGGAACUGAAUAUUGUUUCUUUAUAGAACAAGGAGAAGUUAUAAAUCACAAAGUAACUUUGGCAGUAAACCCUGAAAUUUGAAUUUUUUGUGAUACCGGUAUAUAAAAUGUUCA